CUCAUUCUGAGGUGUCAUGCUGACUGUGAGCCACAAGGUAAUCAAACAUGGUCAACAGUUUGCAUAUCUGUGCAAAGUAAAAUGCCACAGCCUAUCAGAGAUCUGCAAAAAUAUGUCCUGUUUUCCACUGACAACCUACAUUCUGUGCAGCUAUGUGAGUUACUAGGAUUUACAAUAGCCCCUCACUGUAAGGAACUCAAGCAGACUGGUUCACAGAGUCCUGAUAUGCCAUUCUGGGAGCAAUGUGAGCAGGAGCCUGGAUGUGACAUGGAGACUGAGUCAUUAACCCAGAGCACUCCACGAGCAGACUGCUAAUGCAUUGUGUGUGCACAUCUUUCAUUGUCUUAUAUUUGCUUGCAGCUGGUUUUGAACUUGAUGAUGACAUCAAAAACUUGCAAGUUCUUCCUAACUUGGUGGCUAACCCAGCAGGUGACUGGCUUGCAUGGUGCAGGGCCUUCCAUGCUUGACAUGGCUCCCAAUGCAUUUGAUGAUCAGUAUGAAGGCUGUGUCAAAGAAAUGGAGGAAAGGGCCCCCCAGCUGUUACAAGAAGACUUCAACAUGAAUGAGGAAUUAAAACUUGAGUGGCAAGAAGCAGAGAAACAAUGGAAUGAGAUCAAAAAUAGUAUCAGCUAUCCCAAAGGUUUCCAUGAUUUCCAUGGAAAAGCUUUAGUUGCCUACACUGGGAAAAUGCACAAAAAAUUUAAUAAUAAUACUAGAGACUUCAAAAUAAUUCCUGGUAGCUUCCACUACAAGGGCUUCCAUUACUACUUAACAAGAGCUGUCCAGCUUUUGAGUAACCAGGGUUGCCGUUCAGUUUUCCGAGGCUCUAAGACCAAGUUUCAUUACACUGGGACGGGCUCUGUGCGAUUCGGGCAGUUCAGUUCUUCAUCCUUAUCUAAGAGUGUAGCUCUUUCUCCAGCAUUUUUCAAUGGAAAUGGAACACUGUUUAUCAUCAAAACAUGCUUGGGAGUUUAUAUCAAAAAUUUUUCCCACUACCCUAAGAAUGAGGAGGUGCUAAUCCCAGGCUAUGAAGUAUAUCGCCAAGUCACAACAGAAAAUGUAAAUGGGUAUAUCCAAAUUUCUCUGGACUUCCCUCAAAGGAAGAAGAGCAGCUUCAAUUGCUACUAUAGCUACCGUAGCAGCUCAG